CUUUCUUUGAUAAUUAUUUUUAGAACUUGUUUUUCUCUUACAUAAGCCAUCAAAGAAAAAUGAAAAAAGGUAGCUGAGUGAGUUAGGUUGUAUGAGAAUGGUUAAUUCUGAAGCAAAAGCCAAAGUACUUCCCAUAAUAGAUUUGUCAAAAUUAGAGGCAGUUGGCACAGAAGAAUGGGGUUCAGCGUGCAAAGAGAUGAGGCUUGGAUUAGAAGAAUUUGGUUGUUUCUCAGUGGUUUAUGACAAAGUUUCUUUGGAACUUCAUAACUCCAUUUUUGAAGCAACAAAAGAGCUUUUUCAUCUCCCAUUAGAAACUAGAACUAAGAACACUAGUGAAAAGCCUUACCAUGGCUAUUUUGGUGGAUACUCACUUCUUCCUCUCUAUGAAUCAAUGGCUAUUGAUAAUCCAACUGAGCUACAAACAACACAGCUGAGUUUGGCCAAUCUCCUGUGGCCUUCUAGAGCAAACAAUCACUUCUGCAUCUCAUUUCUGGUCUUCAAAUUCAAUUGCUUGAUGAUCAAUGGCUCCAUGUUCAACCCUCAACCCAUUGCCCCUUCAUUGUCAUGGCUGGCGAUGUACUCAUGGUAACCACACAGUCACACCAAUCCUUUUUUUUUUUUUGUUUCUUCAUAGCAAAAUUUAGUCCUUAAACUUUUAAGACCUAAUCGGAUCACACCAAUCCCUUUUUUUGUUUUUCCAUAUCAAAAUUUAGUCCUUAAACUUUUUAAACCUAAUCGGAAUAGAUCUUUUAACCAUAAAACAUGAGUAUGGUAAAAGAAAUAUGUUUGUCUUGUGAAACCAUGUGAUUGGAGAUAUUCUUAAAAGAUAUAUCAAAAUAUAAAUAUGAAAUUACAAAUUCGGUCUAUGAACUCUUUAGAAGAUAUUUUUGUCUAUUUAGUCCAUUGGCCUUUUUAUUUCUUAAAAGGUUAAAUUAUAAAAAAAUAUAACCUUUGAAAUGUGGGGUUAUUGGUUUCAACUAUACCCUGAACUUUUAAGACUUUCAUUUUAAUCCUUAAAGUUUGAAUUUUUUUUUAAAACAACUCUUAUAAGCUUAUGAUGUUAAAUUCAUAUAUUGAAAAGUUUCUACAUAUCUACUUAUGUGAAAAAAAAAAAAAUCUAAAUGUAUACAUGGAAGAAAAAUAAAGACACAUGGUAUACAUUUGUGAACAAUACAACCUGUUGUCAUCUUUCUCCACUACUGUAAAAC